GCUUUAAAACUUUACACGAUGAUUACGUUGGAUUGGUCGUUUGCUAAUGCAGAUAAGGGUGAGAUUUUCCCCUGUUUAGAGGAGUUUGAGUUAGAAAGAUGUCAAAAGUUAUAUAUGGCAUUACCUGUUUGCAAUUUUCCAUCUUUGAAAUGUAUCGACAUUACAUCUUGCAAUGAAUUGGUGACUGUAUUUCGAGCAAGUUCACAUGUUGAAUCUACAUACCCUCGCCUUAAAAAGUUGUUCAUAAGGGGAUGUCCAAGGGUUGAGUCAUUUUCAGAAAUGGGAUUAUUGCCCAUUACUUUAAAAACUCUGUCCAUUGAGUCAUGCGAUAUGCUCAUUGAAAAUCGCAUGAGAUGGAAUUUACAAAGAAACUUGUCACUGAAACAGUUAGAAAUUAUAGAAUGUGGUGGAGUGGUAGAUUCUUUUCCAGAGGAGUGGUUGCUUCCACCAACUUUAAGAAUUCUCUCAAUCAAAUUUUGUUCAAACCUUAAAGUUCUAAAUGGAAAAGGCUUUCAGCACCUAACCUCUCUUCAAGAAUUGAAUCUUCAUUACUUGGAAUAAUUAGAGUGCUUACCAAAUGAAGGACUGCCCCAGACUCUUACUUCUCUGGAUAUUGAUGGUUGUGCUUUGCUAAUUUCACGGUCCAAUAUGGGAUCCCAAGAAGUUUAUGGGCUUUGAGAAACUACUGAUUGUCGACCUCUCUUUCAAUAAGUUCAAUGGAACAUUGUCAUCAGAUUACUUUGCCAAUUGGAGUGCCAUUAAUACACACAAUAAUAGUGUCGAUAAGUCAAAGCCGGAGUACAUCGAUGACGGAAGCUACUAUGAGUCGGUAACUGUGACUAAUAAAGGCUUUGAAGUGGAAUAUGUCAGGAUCUUAACCAUCUUCACCUGUAUCGAUCUCUCAAACAAUAAUUUUCAUGGCGAAAUUCCAAAAUCAGUAGGGGAUCUCCAAUCAUUGAUUGUGUUGAAUCUAUCGAGUAACAAUUUUGAAGGCCACAUCCCACUAUCGAUUGGGAAUCUGAAACAAAUUGAAUCAUUGGAUCUCUCCAACAACAAGCUCUCUGGAAGAAUACCUCAGGAAUUGGCAGCUCUCACAUUUCUUGCGUAUCUCAACCUUAGUAAUAACCAACUGACGGGGCCGAUACCACAAGGGACACAGAUUAAUAAAAUGAAGAAUUAUGUGGCUUUCCAUUAUCAAAGGAAUGUGAUAGCAGUGAUGAGUCUCCAAGUACACUUGAACAUGAAUCUGAAUUUGAAUUUGAGAGUGGUUUUGGUUGGAAAGCAGUGCUUGUGGGAUAUGGAUGUGGCUUUCUUGGUGGACUGUUGGGUGGACAUCUCUUUAUUUCGAAGAUAUAAAUCAGAGUGAAUGAAGGGAGUUUCACAUAGGAAUGAUGAUAUUAUAUGAUUGACUCCCAAAGAUCUCAGCAGAAAAUGAGACAAUG